AUGUUGGGAAGGUCGUUAAAGUGGAAGCUAGAGGCAUUGGGAACCAUCCAGUCCUUGCUUUUCUCAGUUGACUCUCAGUACAAUGGAUUACUCAAAAAUAUCGUCACCGUCGCCAAUAUUCCUCCAAAGAAUCAUACGUUCUUCGCGGGUUCGACCCUACGAAUGUGCAAUUACCUCCCUCACAACGACGGUUCUUGUUCGGACGUCUUUACAAUUAAUCAACCUCUGUUAGCCAUGAUCAUUGACAGCGACCAGAACGUCACUGAGAACAACCGUGUCUGGCGCACUGGUCUGGAAGGCACAGGCUUCUUCCUCAAGCCCUCGAAUGACCCAAAUUCUGUCGACAUGGAAGGUGAAAGCGGCAACAUCACCCUGAGCAAGACUUGCGUCCAGACUUUGAUUCUACCAUUCCAAGACUUGUCCAAUUUCCGCCGGGAAAGCCUUGCCUUUGUCUUCUUGCAAUUUUGGCUUUUUGGCAUCUCCGUCCUCGCCAUGAUACAGGACUCCGUACCUCAUCUUCUGGCUGGGAUCGGUGCUAGGAUACUGCUUACAGCAUGGUCGGCAUACGUCAUUUGGCGUACGCGACAUCUUUCGAGCGUCUACGAGGCGCUUCUCGGUGAUCCCGGCACGCCAUGCUCUGUCGAUUUCUUCCCAACGUACUUCAGUACUCGGUCCUCGCUGGAGAUCCCCGACCUUGUAUUGAAUUUUAGCGCCUUGACCAUUAUGAUAUGGACACUUCUUCGGGUGUACGCGGUGCAAUCAUACAAAUGUGUUGGCGCACCGGCUCACAUCCUCAGAAUUCGCAAGUUUUUCAUGGCCAUACAAGCAUGUCUGCAGCUCGAGGUCUACAUCCUUCCCGCCGGAAUGGGACUCUGGAUCGAUCAAUUGUUCAACACUUAUAUCAGGUAUAUAUCCGAACAUACGAUACUCUAUGAAGGCAUCUUCAUAUUCCACACUGUCAUGGUUGUCCCGUGGAUAGUAUUGGGGUGGUACGCUGUCCGGUACGAGAGAAAGAAAUGGAUGUUUUCAUUUAUCUUCGUCGGUUUCCUGUUCCUCUUGGCUGAGAGCCUCGUGUUCGAUUCACAAGUCUACCGAUGGACAUUUAUCAUGUGGGCCAACUUUGCCUGCUUCACGGUCGCAUACAUGAUUGUCAUCAUCGCCUGCGUAAUUCUAGGCAUCGUUUGUCUACGGAACUUUGAUCAAGGGCUGGCACAGUAUUUGCACGCUGAAUCCGCAUUAGCAUCGUCUAAUUUCGCUCCUGAGGUCUUUCAGCACCGUGAGGACGUGGAUAUGGAGAAAGCCCCGCUGCCCGAAUUCCCCAUUCCACUUCAUGUCCUUAAGGGUGCGGAGCUCGAUAGGCCUCCAUCGACGUACUACCUACCUACGCUUCAUGCUGAUGAUACGAGUCCCGGUGGUGUUGUCGUUGUGAAGAAAGAUCGCUGGUAG